UUCAAGGUGGACAAAAAGACGAAGUUUAAAUCGGACCUUCAAACGGGUUCCACCAAAGUACCCGAACCCGUCCAGCGACGGAAAAUCGACGUCGUUUUCCCGCCAAUUGCCGGUGGUUUGGGGAGACCGAGAAGAAAGGAGAAAUUAAGGAAGCUGCCGGAAUUCCCCGUGAUUAAGCAGCUGAAGAAAUCACGAGUGAGGCCAGGAGAAAGGCACAAUGACCUGGCAUGGAACAUACGGCAAUUCAAACAGAACCAGCUGAGAAAUGUGAACUUUUCCUCUGACUUCCUGGCCACACACUCCCAUCCAUGGAGUAAAAGCCCGUGGUCACAAACAGACCUCGUUCGGCUCAAAGCUGGACUCGUUGGAGCUCAAUUUUGGUCAGCUUACGCGCCAUGUGGUUCACAGGAUUACAAUGCUGUGCAAAUUAUUUUGGAGCAAAUCGAUGUCAUCAAACGCUUCAUCGACCAUUACCCGAAAACUCUCGCUUUGGCUACGUCGAGUUCACGUAAGUUCCGACGCCAG